AUGGUAUCCAGCAGGAAGCUGAUGAAGCUUGUGUUCAUGGUGCCUCUCCUCGCGACGCUCUUCAUGUCUAGCACUCUUGAGGCUGCAAGAGCGAGCAAUGGCACCUCGGCUGACGGCACGAACCACUUGCACAGCCCUCGCGUCAAUGGAUCCGCCGCCGCGCCCAGGGGCAGGUCGCUGGCGUCGCCGUCGUCGCAGAGCGUGUUCAGCGUCGACCGCUACGGCGCCCGCGGCGACGGGAGCCACGACGACACGCAGGCGCUGGCCAGGGCGUGGAAGGCGGCAUGCGCCUCGCCACGGCCGGCUGUCGUGCUCAUCCCCGGCGGCAGGCUCUACCUGCUCAAGCUCGUCACUCUCCAGGGACCGUGCAAGUCCAGCGUCACGCUCACGGUCAAGGGCACCUUGGUAGCGUCGCCGAACAGGGCGGACUGGAGCGACAAGGACAGGAGGCACUGGAUCGUGUUCCGAAGCGUCAACAAGCUCACCGUCAAUGGCGGUGGCGCCAUCGACGGCAACGGCGAGAAAUGGUGGCCACACUCAUGCAAGAUCAACAAGGCUUUGCCUUGCAAGGAAUCUCCAACGGCUUUGUCAUUCCACUACUGCACCAAUUUGAGAGUGGAAGAUCUGAAAAUUGUGAACAGCCAACAAAUCCACAUGUCAGUCGAGGAUUGCACCAAUGUGUUAUUAGCACGGUUGUCCAUCACAGCGCCCGGCACGAGCCCUAACACUGACGGCAUCCACAUCACUCGGAGCAAAGAUGUACGGGUCACAAACUGCAAGAUCAAGACCGGAGAUGACUGCAUGUCAAUCGAGAACGGGACCCAUAAUCUUCAUGUCUCCAAAGUAGUUUGUGGUCCUGGGCACGGGAUCAGCAUUGGAAGCUUGGGAGAUGACAACUCAAGAGCUGAAGUCUCUGGCAUUACCAUAGAUUCAGUGCAACUAUAUGGCACAACCAAUGGAGCACGCAUCAAGACAUACCAGGGAGGAAGUGGAUACGCCAGGGACAUCACAUUCCAAAACAUGAUCAUGUACAAUGUCAAGAACCCGAUAAUCAUCGACCAGAACUACUGCGACAAGGCUAAGCCAUGCGGGGAACAAAGAUCAGCAGUGCAGGUCAGCAAUGUUGUCUUCAAGAACAUUAGAGGGACAACCAUUACCAAGGAUGCCAUCAAGAUGAACUGUAGCAAGAAUUUCCCAUGCCAAGGCAUUACCUUGCAGAACAUCGACCUGAAAAUGCAGGGUGGCAUGGGCAACACAGAAAGCACAUGUCAGAAUGCAAAAUGGAGUAAAUCUGGGACUGUUCACCCGCAACCUUGCACUGCCACAAAGUAG